UUCGGUUUGGCUACUCGCGCUACAAAAAUAGGGCUACACUAAUAUGUCGAAAAAGCCAAAGAAUGCGGAAAGAAUGGCUAAUAAUAAUUCGGAUGAUGAUUCUACAGCAGAUGAACUACCUGAUAUUGAUGCUGGUAACUGUUUCAAAAAAAUGAAAAGAACUGAGUUUGCCUGUGAAGCUCCAAUGAUGCAAUCUCCAUCACAAUCUGAUCAAAAGGAAAGUCAAACUUCCAAGGCAUCUGAUGAUCAAGUUUAUAAUACAUCACCUGUCCUGAAGCCAGAAAAGGUAUCCAAGACUGAUCCUCAUGCAUUUCCUUUGCGCAAGAAAAGAUUAUGUAAGCCGUGGGAUGAGAACUCUGUGACCUUGCCAUCAAAGUCUGACGGCAAGACCUCAAUUUUUACCAGGAUACCCACCGUCAGUUCGGCAGGCUCGUCAAGAGAUACAGCAGAAGAGACUUCAGCUCGGUAUUAUAAUAACUACAUCCAGUUCAAACGACGAAUUGCUGAUUAUGAUUCACGUGAGCAGUUCACCGACACUGACAGCGAUGACUGCAGCUUUGAGCACUGCAAGAGGGAAGCUGAUCGUAGACGUAGACGUUUGAUGGAUAAAGAAGGCAGGCUCUGUGAGUGGAUGAGGCAUGUUGUGGCAGAUAUUGACUCGGCUCUAAAAGAACUUGACGAUUGUUGUGAUGAUCUUCCUAGGGAAGAUUUUACAAGGAAGGAUGAUUUUACAAGGAAACCCACCUUCAGUUUGGAAGGCUCAUCAAGAGAUACAGCAGAAGAGACUUCGGCUCGGUAUUAUCAGUACUUGCGGUGCAAAAGACUGCUUGCCAUUACUGACUAUGAGUUACGUAAGCCGUUCACCGACACUGACAGCGAUGACACUACAAGAGGGAAGAACAUUGAGCACUACAAGAGGGAAGCUGAUGGUAGAUAUAGAUGUUGGAUGGAUAAAGAAGUCAUUCUCUAUGAGAGGAUGAGGGAAAGUGUGUAUGGUGUUGACUUGGCUCUAAAAAUGACUAAUUUUGCUGAGGCUAGUCUGUCAAAGAAAGAGUCUGUCAAAGAAGAUGACCCUGUCCCUUCCAGCGCUUUCACUAAUCCCAUGGCCACCGCGGCUGGAGCUUCAAUUCCCCUGCCUCCAUCGGUCACCACCAAGUGCGCAAGUGCAAGUUUGUUUCCAUUUAGCGGCAGCACACGGCCUUAUGUUUCAUCUAGUCUUAAGUCCAUCAAUAUGCAAGGCUCAUCUUCCAUUGCAAACCCGACGGCCGCUGGUGUUGCAGGUCCUUCUAAUAAUAACUCAGCACAAAAUGAUCUUCGUCGUGAUGUGUCUGGCCCACCAACGGCUGCCGGCACCAGCUUCGUCGUCUUCAAUUCCAAAGCUUCGUCGUCUUCAGGGAAUGACUUUGAGAUAUCAUGUCCAAUAUGCUGCGAUACUUUGAUGGACAUUAAGGAACGUCGUGAGCACCUCGUGUCGACCGUGUGUGGUCACGUCUUCUGUGAGGUGUGUCUGGACGAGGCCGUGCGCCGCACCCAGCAAUGUCCUACAUGCCGGCGCCGUCUCACCAAACGUCAGUUUCAUAAACUUUUCAUUUAAUCAGUCAUUUAAAUCCUAUCAUCGAAACCCGUCAUUGAUGGUGGUACUUGUUGUCAAUCGUGACCUACAAAAGUAAGCGAAUAGAAUGCAAUUCCGAAACAUCCGUUCUACCAUGCCCUUGCUCAAUUGGUAUUUAAUUCGAUAAUAGAUCGAUUUAACAUUAAGUUUGACGAAAUUACGUCUGUGUCUUCAGAUUUUCAACGUGCGGUGCGUGUGAUAUUACCUUCUGAUGUGCAUUGUACACGGUUUGAAUGAUUGUCUUGAAUUAACCGCUUGGGUUCUUGUGUUAAUGUCACCACUUUUUAUCCAUGAUUAAUUUAUUUGCCGAGUCAAGUAUUGUAUUCAUAUCAAACGAUUGUAUUUUAGUAUUGAACUAAAAUGCUAGUGCUCAUUUUAUCGAUAAAAACAUGGUGAUUAUGUCGAGCCAGGAGCUCCGAAAUUCUUCAUACUCGCAAACAAUAAUGUUGAUAUAUAAUUUUUGAUUUUUCGAAAAUUCAAUACUGAUUUCUUUAAGUUUAGCUUUUCUUCAGAUGGCCUUCACUUCUUGCGUCAAUUUACGCUUGUGUUGAGCUACCAGAAUUGGUUUAAUAACACGAAUUUCAUGUCGUGUAAGUUGUAUAUUCUUGUGGGUACGAGGUGACAAGGUUUCUUGUAUACGUGGAUUUCACCCCAGACUAUGAUGUUAGUCUUGGCCAAGUUUACUGUUAAAACUACGGCACAUGAAUUAUGUCAUACAAGUUUAUGGAAAGAUUUUUAUAUCUCAAGCGGUCAUCAAGUUUUAUGUAUUAUCUUCUUCAAUUUUUUGUUUAGCUCGGUGUUGAUAUAUUAUAGUUUAGGUAUGAUUGUAAAAACGUUUCUAUUAGUGCUCGAUUUUUGUGUGCUUUCUUGAAUGUUUUUUUUGUCACCGACCUAUGUUGCAUCUAAGUUCUUUAAUUUAUCUUCAAUGAUAUUCAACCUAAUUAUAUUAUUAUAUGCUUAGAGGAAAUGUAGCAAAUAAUAUUCUGUACCAUAUUUGGUGAUCGAACCUUUUCUUAUUCGAAGUUAUCAGGAAUAUUAAGAGUGAGAUGCAGCCCAGCAUGCCAGCUUCCUCCAACCACAGUGUAAUUACAUUUACAUGUGAUGGAAAUUUAUUCUUCAAGUUGACAAUUUGCGAACCAUUUAUUUUUUGUGAGGUUUAAAUUGUAUAGUAUUUUUCCAUGUUAUUUAUAUGACUAUUAUGUUUUUUCGUGAAUGUGUACCUUAUAGCGUGACCAGGGCAGCUAAAGUGAGACUCCUGUAAGCCUUAUGCAUUAUCUUAAUCUCGAAAAAAUUCUUGUACAUUCACGAUGAGAAAUAUCGUGCUAGUACCUACCCAUCACUGUCAGCUGCUGACAACAGAGUACUGACAACUGCGUACCUACAACUGCAGGCACCGACAGCUACCCAUUUAUAUCUUAUGUAUAUGUAAACUAUCGAUAGUUUAAAUCUCUGGUUAUUAUUCCCCGAAAUUGGAAAAUGCAAAUCUCUUCUUUCGUCAUCAUGUACGAUUUUUUCUUGUUGGUUAUUGAGGUUAUUAUUCAUGAUAUUCAUUAUUGACUCCAGUGUCUACCGUUGUUCACGCUGAACCAAAUGGCUUAAGAGUUUUUUUAAUAAUUCAUAAUGGUAAUAAUUAAAAUAACUAAGUGGAGCUGAAAGAUUACCAUCAUUCUGGUUUGAGAUGAAGUAUUGCUGCUCUUUGAAGUUAAUAAUAUAACAAUAAUAUUUCCGACCCUAAUAUUGCAAUGUUUUUUCUUAGACGAUAUAUGUAGGUAUUCAAUUCGUCAACUAAGAAAACGUCUGUACAAAUUGAGUGGCCCAUAUUUGUGCUUAACUGAUCCGUUCUCGACAUAUACGAUAGGAUUAUAUUAAUUAAAAUGUUGAAAAUCUGUUAACAUUUACACAUUUUUUGUUAGCAGUUUACUCAGCUGAUUUAGGAUGCCUGGUUAUGAUAAACGGUUUGAUUUCUCUCUAUUUGGUUUACCGAGAUGAUGUGAUCAUUCAUGUCUGGAUUAUAGUUUUGUCCUUAAUAAAGAUGUUUGUUAAUAAAUAAUGUUUUUGGUUUUCCAAUUUUCUGAACCAAAGGUCAAGCGACUUGUGAAAUUCGACGCUUUGUACGUA